GAUUCCGUGUGUUGAUUCAAGCUGUAAGUUAAAGGACACCUCCGCUACCCCACCCCCACCCCCUACCUACGCAACCCCCUCAUCACGCCGCACCCCCAUGAUUUUUAUUUUUGAUUUUUUUAUUUUGCCUCAAAUUCACCUAUAUAUAAACCCUUUGCACUUAGUUUACUUCAUUCAUUAAACCAACAAAGUUGUUAAACUAGUACACCUUACUAGCAACAAACCAACAUUUGAAAGUACCUAUAUUUGGUACCUUUCGUUCUUGUUUAAACUCAACAAAAAAAAAAGAUGGAAUUUGUUUCUAUGUUUUGUUUGUUUACUUUCAUUUCUUUCACUCUUCUUCUCAUCCAUUCAAUCUUCAAAUUCUUGUCUUUUGCUGCCAAGAAAUUGCCACUUCCUCCUGGAACUUUGGGUUUGCCUUAUAUUGGUGAAACCUUCCAACUUUACUCUCAAAAUCCCAAUGUUUUCUUUGCCUCCAAAGUCAAGAAGUACGGUUCAAUAUUCAAGACACACAUAUUGGGAUGUCCUUGUGUAAUGAUAUCAAGUCCAGAGGCAGCCAAGCAAGUUUUAGUUACAAGGGCUAACUUGUUUAAGCCUACAUUUCCUGCUAGCAAAGAAAGAAUGUUAGGAAAACAAGCUAUUUUCUUUCACCAAGGUGAUUACCAUACCAAAUUGAGAAAAUUAGUCCUCCGCGCUUUCAAGCCAGAAUCUAUCAAAAAUAUCAUCCCGGAUAUUGAAUCCAUCGCGAAAGAAUCACUCGAAUCAUUCGAAGGAAGAUUGAUCAACACUUACCAAGAAAUGAAGACAUAUACAUUCAAUGUUGCAUUGAUAGCAAUAUUUGGUAAAGAUGAAUUCCUAUAUAGAGAGGAACUCAAGAGGUGUUACUACAUUCUCGAAAAAGGUUACAAUUCGAUGCCAAUCAAUCUCCCUGGUACACUCUUUCACAAAGCAAUGAAAGCUAGGAAGGAACUCGCGAAAAUUGUGGCCAAAAUCAUUUCAACUAGACGUGAAAUGAAGGUUGAUCAUAGCGAUUUGCUCGGGUCAUUCAUGGGAGAUAAAGAAGGACUCACUGACGAACAAAUUGCAGAUAAUGUCAUUGGUGUCAUAUUUGCAGCUAGAGAUACUACUGCUAGUGUACUUACAUGGAUCCUCAAAUACCUUGGAGAAAAUCCUAGCGUCUUACAUGCUGUCACAGAGGAACAAGAGGCAAUAAUGAGGACUAAAGAGGAAAUUGGUGAAGAAAAAGUUCUAAAUUGGGCAGACACAAAACAAAUGCCAAUGACAACAAAAGUAAUUCAAGAAACACUUAGAGUUGCUUCAAUUUUAUCCUUCACAUUUAGAGAAGCUGUUGAAGAUGUUGAAUUUGAAGGAUAUUUAAUACCUAAAGGAUGGAAAGUACUACCACUAUUUAGGAACAUUCAUCAUAGUCCAGACAACUUUCCUGAGCCAGAGAAAUUUGAUCCUUCAAGAUUUGAGGUGUCACCAAAGCCCAAUACUUUCAUGCCAUUUGGCAAUGGGGUCCACUCAUGUCCAGGGAAUGAAUUAGCCAAGCUGGAGAUUUUGAUCCUUGUACAUCAUCUGACCACAAAGUACAGGUGGUCUAUGGUGGGCCCACAGAACGGAAUUCAGUAUGGGCCAUUUGCUCUUCCCCAAAAUGGUUUGCCCAUUAGGCUCUCUCUUAAGACAUCAUCAGCAUAAGCCAAUCAAGAAAAUCACAAAUGGUUUUUCCUCAAGAAAUUAAAAAAAAAUAAAGAUAUCAUAUACAAAAAUAAGUUUGGGAUCUUAAUAUGAGCUUGACCAGUCCAAAAGGCACGACACACCAAGACAAACAUCACGCGAGCUUGCUCUGUCCAAAAGGAACAGUCGGGAUCAAGACAACCAUCACACGAGCUUGAUCAGUCCAAAAGGCACAACCAAGAUCAAGACCAGCAUCAUAUGAGAUUGAUCGGUCCAAAGGCACAGUCAAGACCAAUUCAUGCACAUACGAGCUUGAUUAGUCCGAAAGUCAUGACACACUCCAGACAAACAUUAUACGAGCUUGCUCUAUGAAAAAGGAGCAGUUGGGACCAAGACAGGCAUCACACAAGCUUGAUUAUUCUGAAAUGCACGACUAAGGGGAAGACAAGCAUCACACGAACUUGACCCAAUCCAAAAGGCAUGGUCAAGAACAAGAUAGGUAUCACAAGAGCUUGAUUAAUUCAAACGGCAUGACAUAUAUCACACAAACUUGAUCAAUUCAAAAGGCACUAAAAAGAUCAUGAUGGGACCUAAAUUGUAAAUACAUAGAGUCCCCAUAUAUUACUUUGAGAUAUUCAAAAAUCAGAAGAAAAAUCACAAAGGAUCUUAUUCAUUUUCCUUGAAGAAAAGGAGAAAAAUAGGAGAAGGUAAUUCAUUAGUACAACAUAUAGUAAGAUGAUUUAUUAUUUUUACUUUUUAAUAUUUUGGGUUAAUUUUUUUUUUCUUUUAUAAAAAAAAUUCUGACAUGUAAAAGAAGUCCGCAAGGCAAUUAAUGAAAGGUCUGAUUCAGACAGCA